UCAGGGACAAAGAUGACCAGAAAAUUGAUGGAUGGAUGGAUGGAAUAAAAAAAUGUCAAAGGUCACCAGAGGUCAACCAAAAUCAAACAACAUUGGAGAGGUUCUGUUGGUUCUGGAGGCCCGACCCGGAUCAGCCCCUGGGUUCUGGUUUUGGAGGAAGUGUGAAUCAAAGCUCUUUUUAUAGUUUGUGAAAGUGGCUCUGCUGAGGGGAAUCGUCUCACUUCUUCAUUUCCAGCCGACGGAGACGCAGAUCGCUCCCGCAGACCCAGAUGUCCCGCUCAGUGCUGCCCCUGCUGGUCACUCUGAGUCCGGCUCUUCUCUUCCUGCUGCUCCCUCGCGGCUCCGUGACGCAACAGGAACUGUGGGAGGACUACAAAUAUGGCCGCCACAGCGCCGAACCGCUGCAGCACAACUGCAGCUGGAGAUGCAUGGUGUUCACCCUGCAGUGGCCGGGGGGGUUCUGCCAGUCUUUGUACAAAGAGACUCAGUGCACGAUUCCUGAGAACAUCAGCAGCUGGACCAUCCACGGCCUCUGGUACCAAUCCUUCAGCUACCAGCCUCUCCACGUCCAGUCCUGCUGCACCUGCUGGCCCAUCUUCUACUCUGACCUCCAGGAGGUGGAAGAGGAGCUGUUGGAGUUCUGGCCAUCGCUCCUGAAAAACAAAUCGUGCUUCCGUUUCUGGAAGGAGGAAUGGCUGAAACACGGCUCUUGCGCUGCGUGUGUUGAAGGAUUCAACUCUCCUCUGAAAUAUUUCCAGAUCUGCCUGAAGCUGCGCCACCAGUUUGAUCUGUACAGGAUGCUGGCGGAAGCAGGAAUCACUCCGUCCUGUGACCGACUCUACAAGGUUGCGGAGCUGCAGCAGGUCCUGCUGCCGCAUGUCGGAGAGAGACAUGAGAUCCAGUGCGUCAAAGACCAGCAGGACAGGCAGGUUCUGUUCCAGGUGAAGGUCCAGCUGACCCGGAACCUGACUGUCGGCUGUGGUCACCAUGGCGACGGCGGGCUGGGACCCGGACCCUCUCCGGGCCACCCCUGCCCUCCAGACGCUCCUCUCUACUACUUCCCCAUCAACCACCAGGAACCGUGGCGGCCCUGUGGCUGACCCGGCCCGGCCCGAUCCGAGAUGUUCUGGAACGUCCUGCUCUGCUUUCCCUCCAGUUCGGACUCGGAACCGCUCAGAAUCAGAUCGAUGUUUGUUUUCGCUAAGCAGCAUUAACUCUUGUUCAAUCUAAUAAAAGGCUCCAACAGUC